CUUUUGGAUAGGGUUGGGCUGUUUAAUCCAAAUCGCUCCAAUCCUUCAGUCAAACACGCCCACUAUUACUCCAUAGUUAGCCGUCGUUGAUUGCAUCAAUGGUUUAUAGGAGUGAAUCGUAUCUAUUAACCAAUCCAUUUGUCACACUAGUAUUCAGUUCCUUGUUGUAGGUACAUAGAUAUCAAUGGCGACCAGUCUGAGGAGAUUUGGAAGAUUGGUUUUAAUGUCAUGUAAGAAGGGUCAGAGGAGGAGCAAUCAGAGGGGAUUCUCAGCGACGACGUCGACCACCGAUGAAAACAGUUUCCAACAGAGUGGGACUAAGUCUAUAAACCUCUUUUCUGCAAUUAAUCAAGCCCUUCACAUCGCCUUAGAAACUGAUCCUCGUGAACUUAAUUUUGUAUAG